ACAGUCGCCGAAGGCAGUUGGCCACAGAACGCAAGCUGCAACAGGCUGGCACCGGGUGCCCGCGUUAGCGCCGUUUCUGUCAUUGAUGUGACGUGCAGAACAGCUGCUAGUUAGAGGGACAUUAAGGCAGAGGUUAAGCACUACCGACUGAGAGAGGGUAUGAUACCAAACUGGGAGUGUGUUUACUAGAGAAGAUCAAGAUGAGUCUACGGAAGCAAACCCCUAGUGACUUCUUAAAACAAAUAAUUGGAAGGCCAGUUGUUGUAAAAUUAAAUUCUGGAGUUGAUUAUCGAGGUGUCCUGGCUUGUCUGGAUGGGUAUAUGAAUAUAGCUCUGGAACAGACUGAAGAAUAUGUAAAUGGACAGUUAAAGAACAAGUAUGGAGAUGCCUUUAUCCGAGGAAAUAAUGUAUUGUACAUAAGUACACAGAAGAGGAGGAUGUGAAGAUGCCCGAAGGAGGUUGUUUUGUACUUGUGAAACUCUUCAAAGUGAUGAGCCCUAUUUGAAUUGUAGUUAGUAAUCCACAGGUGAAAUACACAAGUGUUUAAAUAUUUUUUUUUAAUAAAUGUAAAUCACUGUAA